GGAUGAUGUUGUUGCAAAUAUAGAUAUUAGUCAGCCACAGCAUCCUUCAUUAGCUGUAGGCUUUGAUCUGCAUACAGGUUGCUAUGGAAAUGCCUUUAUCAAAAGAUUCUAUUGCUAUGGUAACACAGAAUUAGACAUUUUGCUAGCAAUCAAGCUUCUCUUUGUACUGUCAACACGACAAAACCAGAUACAGCUGAACAGUCAAAACAACUGCCAACAAACAACCCAUCUGUCAGCUGCUUGAUUGAACAAAGAUGGCAGAGUGGAGGGACUAUAUCAAAGCCACUCUGAAGGAGAAGUUUGUGGAGGACGUAGCCAUCGUUGGCCUGUACGACAACAAGGCCGUGUGGGCCUCCAAGCCUGGAGGUGUCCUGGCUGCCAUCUGCCCACUGGAAGUGGAGGCUCUGGUGGGCAAAGACAGAGGAAGUCUCCUGCAGGAGGGGGUCAGCGUUGGAGGUCGGAAGAUGGCAGUGAUACGAGACCAUAUGACAGGUCCUGAGACAGAGAUCCUAUUCAUUGACAUCCGGACCAAAGGCAGCGAGAGCUUGGCUCUCACGGUUGCCCUGACGACCAAGGCUCUGGUGUUUGUGAUGGGAAAACGAGGGGUGCAUGGCGGGAUAGUCAACAAGAAGGUGUGUGACAUGGCCAAGUACCUCCGCGAGAGGGGUGUGUGACAAUCUCCAUCCAUAUACUGGACCACUAUGUCAGGAGGCAGUGGAUGGGCUUUCCUGCCUUCAAAAUAUCUUUCUUUAAAGGUCCGAUGCAGACGUUUUAUCUCAAUAUCAAAUAAAUUCUGGGGAACAAUUUAAUACCGUACUUUGAUUGAUUUCAAUUAAAAUGGUCAAAAAUAAUCAAAAAUAGCUUCUUAGCAAAGAGCAAUUACUCAAGCAAGAAUUUUGCUAGGACUGUCUGGGAGUGGUCUGAGUGGUGAGGGGAAAUGGAAAACUAGCUGUUAUUGGCAGAGAGGUUUGGAACUCUCUUUCCUGUUCCUCUAUUAACUAAUUGAAUGCCUGGCGAUGUCACCAGAAAGACCUAAACUACAUCCCACCAAAACAGGCUGAAAUUGCAGGUGGUACUUUCAUGCAGCUGUUACAUUAAAAUGGCAUUAUGAUAAUUUUAUCAAUUUCACUGUAAUAUUCCAACCUCAUAGUGUGGAAAUACAGUUGAAGUCGGAAGUUUACAUACACUUAGGUUGGAGUCAUUAAAACUCGUUUUUCAACCACUCCACACAUUUCUUGUUAAAAACUAUAGUUUUGGCAAGUCGGUUAGGACAUCUACUUUGUGCAUGACACAAGUAAUUUUCCCAAACAAUUGUUUACAGAUGAUUUCACUUGUAAUUCACUGUAUCGCAAUGCCAGUGGGUCAGAAGUUUACAUACGCUAAGUUGACUGUGCCUUUAAACAGCUUAGAAAAUUCCAGAAAAUUAUGUCAUGGCUUUAGAAGCUUUUGAUAGGCUAAUUGACAUAAUUUGAGUCAAUUGGAGGUGUACCUGUGGAUGUAUUUCAAGGCCUACAUUCAAACUUAGUGCCUCUUUGCUUGACAUCAUGGGAAAAUCAAAAGAAAUCAGCCAAGAUCUCAGAAAAAAUAUUGUAGACCUCCACAAGUCUGGUUCACCCUUGGGAGCAAUUUCCAAGUGCCUGAAGGUACCACGUUCAUCUGUACAAACAAUAGUACGCAAGUAUAAACACCAUGGGACCACGCAGCCAUCAUACCGCUCAGGAAGGAGACGUGUUCUGUCUCCUAGAGGUGAUUGUACUUUGGUGCGAA